UCUUUUCAUGGUGGGGGUUGCCGCCGUAGUCGAUUCCCCCACUAUCCAACCCCUCCAGUCCAAAUUUCAUCGUCCGCAUCACGCCCGACACCACCCCGCAGCUACUUCAAGAUGGGCAAGAACGACAAGAAGCCGGCCGACAAGAAGGACGGGGGCAAGUCUGCCGGAGGAAAGAAGGGCGCCAAGGGUGAAAGCGAUGACAAGGGCGGCAAGGCGGCCAAGGGCGCGCAGUCCAUCAAUGUCCGGCACAUCUUGUGCGAGAAGCAUGCAAAGAAGGAGGAGGCAUUGGCUAAGCUGAGAGACGGAAAUAAGUUUGAUGAGGUGGCGAGAGAGUUCUCCGAGGACAAGGCGAGGCAAGGUGGUGCUCUGGGCUGGAAGACAAAGGGUAGCCUGGACUCAAAGUUCGAGGACGUUGCGUUUGCUCUGAGCGCCAGUACAACGGCGAGCCCCGUCUACGGAGAGGCCAAGACGGAAUUUGGAUACCACAUCAUCAUGGUUGAAGGCAGGAAAUAGGCAGACCCCGCUACGAUCUCAUCACACGCCUCACAAUACCAAUAUUGCACACAUUAUGUUUGGUUCAAG